AACAACAAACAGAACAUCAACAACAACAACAAACAGAACAACAGCAACACCAACCCACAGAACAGCAGCAACAACAUCAAACAGAACACCAGCCAGAUCAGACACCCCCUCCUAACAGGGCUGAGUUAAACAAAGGGAGGGGUUUCAGAAUUUCCAGAAGUCAUGCUAAGAAGACGGGUGAGUUUGUUCCUAAGAAGAGGGGGGGAAGGCCUGCUGGUUCAAGGGUGAGGAAACCCACUGCAUACAAUGUGGAGGAAGAGGAGCAAUGGGAUGAUGAGAGUGAUGAUGAAAAUUUUGAGGAGAGUGAGAGUGAUAGUGAAACUGGUUUCAACUCCGACGAUUUCAUUGACGAAGAAAUUGAAGAAGAUGAAGAACAAGAUGUUCUUAAGGAGGUAAUUUCUGAGAGAAGUUUUGAGGAUCAUUUAGAUGGGAGUAAUAAGCUGGAUAAUUUGUAUGCAAAUGGGAAAGUUGUGGGAAGCAUGCCAUGGGGGACUAUCAAGUUGCAACCAUGGAUGAUAUUCCAAAGCAAGACACACUUCAUGGAGGUCUUCAGAGACUUCUGUAUUCAAGAGGGAUUUGCUGUGAGUGUUGAAAAGGCUGAUACAACCAGAUUCACUGCAAUGUGUCUGGUUGAGUCAUGCAAUUGGAGGAUCCAUGCCUGUGUGUUGUUGGAUGGGGUCAGUUGGGCCAUUAAAACUCUUGUCAGUGAGCACAAGUCUUGUGGGAGACUUGAGGAGAAUCCCAUGGUGACAUCUCAGUGGCUAUGCACCAAACUACUUCCUGACAUUGAAGCAAAUCCAGAAAUCCCAAUUAAGACACUUCAAAGAAAGGCAUUGGGGAUUUAUAGGGUACAAGUGAAACAGAGGUUGAUGUACAAGGUGAGAAGCCUCGGGAGGCAGCAAAUUUAUGGAGGUUUUGAUGAGUCAUAUGCCCUUUUACCAUCCUAUGCUGAAAUGAUCAAAUCUACCAAUCCUGGGAGUUAUGCCUUGGUCACUUGGACUGCAGAUUCUGGUAACGUGACACCCCGUUUCAAGGCUUGCUUUUUCUCCUUUGCUGCACAAGUUAGGGGUUUCUUAAGAGGUUGUAGGCCUAUCAUAGGCAUUGAUGGUGCACAUUUGAGUGGAUACUAUAAGGGAAUUCUCCUCACUGCAGUUGCUAUCGAUGGGAAUAAUGAGAUUUUUCCAUUAGCCUAUAGCAUUGUGAGUACGGAGAGUAUGGACACAUGGUCCUAUUUUUUCAGAAGUUUGAAGGCUUUGUUUGUUCAACAUGGGUGCCAGAGGGAUGACUGGACUUUUAUUAGUGACAGAAUGAGGGGAGUAGAAUCUGCUUUGUAUGAUGUUUUCCCCAAAGCAGUCAGGAGGGUCUGUGCUCAGCAUCUGUAUACCAACUGCAGACAAGCUGGAUACAGUGGCACAGCCUUCCAUGACUUGUUCUGGGUUGCUGCUGAUGCAUACAAUCCAUAUGUCUUCAACAAAGCCAUGGAAAAGAUUGGCAAACUCAUCCCAGAAGCAGUGGGAUAUCUUGACAAAGUGCCUGAACAGUGGUCCAGACACAAGUUUGAUGUUGGGGUCACUUGUGAUCACAACACCACCAACUUUGUGGAAUCCUUCAACGCGUGUACCAAACCCUUUAGGGAUCUUCCUGUUUUGUCACUUCUUGAAGAAAUAAGGUCUUGGUGCAUGACGAAGAUCGGGGCCAGAUUUGAUAAAGCUGUUGACAUUGGACCCGAUCAAUUGACGCCAUAUGCUACUAAGGAGCUUGAAGAGAGGAGUGCUGACUCGAGGUUCUGUUAUGCAACUAAUGCUGGGGGGGGUGAAUUUGAGGUUUUAGAUGGUCAUGUGAAGUUCCCUAUUAGGCUUGCUGCUAGAGUUUGUGGUUGUGGGAAAUGGCAAGGGUGUGGUAUACCUUGCAAGCAUGCUAUUAGGGUAAUAUACCAUCAAAGACUCAAUCCUACAGAUUUUGUUUCUCCUUACUUCAAAGGGGCAGCCUAUAAGCUCACAUACUCACAGCAUAUUCACCCCAUGCCUGACUCAACACAGUGGCCUACAUUUGAGCUACCUAGGAUUCUUCCCCCACUAAUGAGAAGGGCAGCUGGCAGACCAGCCAAGCAGAGAAGAAGAGGUGCUCAUGAGAAGAAGAGGGGGAAAAGAAACACCACUGUCAAGUGUGGGAAAUGCAAGCAAAUUGGGCAUAACUCAAGAACCUGUAAAGGAGGUUCCACUGCAAAACAGAGGAAAGAAUCUGCUGCAGCUGCUGCUGGUUCUGCUGGUGCAUCAACAUCUGGUGCUAGGAAGAGGAAGGCUCCAACAUCUAAUGCAUCGAGCAGCAAGAAGUCCAAAGCUGCAUAACUAGAAGUAAGCUUAGGAUUCAGUUUAGUAUUUCUGUUUUAAAGCUUAGGUUUAUUUUGAAAAACAACUUAGGUUGUGGCACAUUUUGGCAUUUUUUUGUAAAGCUACCCACAACUUGAUGUUCGGUUUAUUUUGGAAACAAACUAUUUCAGUUACGAGUUCAAAGACUUGCAUAUUAUUGAUAAAUGAAAUUCAUGUGCUCGUGCCAUUACAACCAUCAUUGUUUGUCUUGAUUACUUCUUUACUACAAACAUUAGACACAAAAACAUUACAAUUCCUAUUUUAAUUGCUGCAGCUUGGAAUUUUUUGAGCUCUUUCACUCUUUUCUUCAGUUUCUUCAGUUCGUCACUUAUAUUGUCGUUGUCUUCCGAUGUUCCCUCAUACUCUAUAUUGCUCUGUUGCUGUUGGUGUUGUUGAUUUUGGUGUAGAACACUUCCUUUGCACCACAUAUAAUGGUUACAAGGAUCAC